CUCCUCCCCCGACCAUCCCACCAUGGCCAACAUCCUCGGCGCCGUCUCCCGCUGGGCCGUUCCCGGCGCCAUCGCCCUCUCCGUCGCCAACGCCUCGAUCUACGAUGUCAAGGGCGGCACGCGGGCGGUCAUCUUUGACCGAUUCCAGGGUGUCAAGGAGCAGGUGAUCAAUGAGGGGACGCACUUCCUGGUACCUUGGGUGCAGCGGAGCAUCAUCUACGACGUGCGGACGAAGCCGCGCAACAUUUCGACGACGACCGGCAGCAAGGAUUUGCAGAUGGUCAGCUUGACGCUGCGGGUGCUGCAUCGACCGGAGGUGAAGAUGCUGCCGAAGAUCUAUCAGACCCUUGGCCAAGACUACGACGAGCGCGUGCUCCCCUCAAUCGGCAACGAAGUCCUCAAAGCCAUCGUCGCCCAAUUCGACGCCGCCGAGCUGAUCACCCAGCGUGAAGCCGUCAGCAACCGGAUCCGCACCGAUCUGCUCAAACGGGCGCAGGAGUUCAACAUCCAGCUGGAGGACGUCUCCAUCACGCACAUGACGUUCGGGCGGGAGUUCACUAAGGCGGUCGAGGAGAAGCAGAUCGCCCAGCAGGAGGCCGAGCGUGCGCGGUUCAUCGUCGAGAAGGCGGAGCAGGAGCGCCAGGCGAACGUAAUCCGCGCCGAGGGGGAGGCGGAGGCGGCGGAUACGAUUAGCAGGGCGGUGGCGAAGUCAGGGGAUGGGUUGAUUCAGAUUCGAAGGAUUGAGACGCAGAAGGAGAUUGCGCAGAUGUUAGCGAACAACCCGAAUGUGACGUACUUGCCGAGUGGAAGUCAAAGCGAGGGAGGAAAAGGGGGGAAUUUCCUGCUCGGGCUGAGGCCGUGAUUGCGGAUACAUGCGAAUCUUCUGUUGCUGGGAGGCAUGGCGCAUACUGGUGAUGGAACCGUCCCGGGAAAUCGACCCCGAUGGAUGGGACGCUGUACUACUACUGCUACCAAAAAAUAACUGAAUAUAUCCCCCGUCUCACUCUUGCACUCCGCAUGGAAAUGGUCAAUCAAAAAUGGUCAAUCAACAAUCGUCAAUCAGCAAUAGACGUGGUAUCAUUUUCUCAUUUUUUAAUUUAGCUCUAUCAACAUGUCGCGGGAAACCAGAGUGACCGGGGAUUCGGUGUUCACAUAAC